UUCCAUGACAACAAAUUGUUUUAUUUUUAAUUUCAAAAUCUCAAUAUCGAAAUUCUUCUAACCAUAUUUCACAAUUGGGAAUUAUAAAUUUGUGAAUCAUCUAUUUUAAAAUUAAUCAUGUCCAACGAAUGGGAUGACAUUGUUUGUCUACCAAUCAUCGAUAUUAGCAACAAUUAUAACAAGAAUGAUGUAUCAAUCGAACAAGAUUCAAUAGAUUUUAUUACUUAUCAACAAUUACAUUCUCAUGUAUUUAGCAUCGAUCUUGGUGGACCACAUGAUCAAAAGAUUCAUUUUGAAAAGAAAUGCAAUUUUUUAAUGAAAAUUUUACGAUACAUGUUAUUCUGGAAAACGUAUGAACUAAAACCACAUUUUGUUGCCGAAGGCAAUAGAAUUAUACGUAUUGCUGGCCAAACAUUUGAUAAUCGUAAUAAAUUACAUAUCAGAUGUUUGUAUACAAUUUUUGCUAAAUUAACCGGUAAUGUUGUUUUGGGCAUGAAAAGAUUUGGCCAACAUUGGGAAGAAAUUGGUUUUCAAGGAUCCGAUCCGUCUACUGAUUUUCGUGGUGUUGGUUUGCUUGGUUUAUUUCAAUUAACAUUUUUUGUAAUUACGCCGAAAAUUUGCCAACUAAGCAAAGAAAUCUAUGAUCUAUCAAUGGAUCAAGUUCAACAUUAUCCAUUUGCCAUUACUAGCAUGAAUAUAACGCAGAUUGUUUUGCAAAUGUUACGAGAUGGUUCACUUAAUUGUUUCAUAAAUCGAUCCGAUUCAGUUUUGAUUAUUUUCAAUCAAUUUUAUUAUGGUACAUUUCUUUAUUUUCAUAAAAUCUGGAAAAAAGAUAAGAAAACAAUUAUGGACAUUGGCUAUGUCCUAAAAGAUUUGAGGUAUUAUGUCAGGAAUAAUUUGAAAAAAAUUCUCGAUGAUCUAGUCAAUUAUCAAUCAAUGGAAAUGAAUAAACCUGGCCAUCAAGAAAAUUUUACCAACAUAAUCAAUAUUGAUGAUCGGAAUGAUAAUUAAUUUUUCAAACUUGAAUGUGAAGGCAAUUCUGGUGGUGACUGAUAUACGUUUUUUUUAUCGGGUAAUUCUGGCGGUAAUUCAUC